CCUCACCAGAGGGUGGUCCCUUCUGGAGCCACUUCCGGGUUUCCUUUCCUGGGCUGGGGCACAGCGCGACAAGCAAAACUGUCUUUCCUACAAACCGUAUCUCAAAGUUGUGCUCAGGUUUGACAGACAUCAGAUAUGUCUCAAUCUGGAGAAAAGGGGAAGUUCCCAGAUGCAACUGGUUACGUUGGGUUUGCCAACCUUCCAAACCAAGUUCACCGAAAGUCUGUGAAAAAAGGCUUUGAAUUCACCCUCAUGGUUGUCGGGGAGUCUGGUUUGGGCAAAUCGACGCUUAUAAACAGCCUGUUUCUUACUGAUCUCUACCCUGAACGCUACAUUCCUGGCGCUGCAGAAAAGAUCGAGAGGACGGUGCAGAUUGAGGCAUCCACCGUGGAGAUCGAAGAGAGGGGUGUGAAGCUCCGCCUCACUGUGGUUGAUACCCCAGGAUAUGGCGACGCCAUCAACAGCCAGGACUGCUUCAAGACCAUCAUUCACUACAUCGACAAUCAGUUUGAGCGCUACCUCCACGACGAGAGCGGCCUGAACCGACGGCACAUAGUGGACAAUAGGGUGCACUGCUGCUUCUACUUCAUAUCGCCAUUUGGACACGGUCUAAAGCCUUUAGAUGUGGAGUUUAUGAAGGCCAUUCACAGCAAAGUUAAUAUCGUCCCUGUCAUCGCUAAGGCUGAUACACUGACGCUGAGGGAGCGGGAUCGCUUGAAGAGGCGGAUCCUGGACGAGAUCUCAGAGCACGGAAUUAAAAUCUAUCAGCUACCCGAUGCUGACUCUGACGAGGAUGAGGAGUUCAAAGAGCAAACGAGAGUCCUCAAGGCGAGCAUUCCCUUUGCUGUCAUUGGCUCCAACCAGCUGAUUGAGGUGAAGGGAAAGAAGAUCCGUGGUCGUCUGUACCCGUGGGGAGUUGUGGAGGUGGAGAAUCCAGAGCACAAUGACUUUCUCAAGCUCCGCACCAUGCUUGUGACGCACAUGCAAGACCUCCAGGAGGUUACUCAGGAUCUACAUUAUGAGAACUUCCGCUCCGAAAGGCUGAAGAAAGCGGGAAGAGCUGUGGAUGAAGACGUGAUGGAUAAAGACCAGAUACUGCUACAGAAAGAAGCAGAGCUGAGACGCAUGCAAGAGAUGAUUGCUCAGAUGCAGGCGCAAAUGAAAAUGAAAUCAGACGAGUGAAAGUGUUGGAACCCACACACCCCAACACACCUGCUGUCACCCAACGCAAUUUGCCGGAGUUUCCAAGAUCCCACUGUUGUCUGCACCUCCAUGUUUCCUUCCCUCCUAUGUGAUUCACAAACUCCACACUAUUCCCUUUUUUUCUGUUUACUCAGAAUGACAAGACUUCAAUUGCAGUCGGUGUAUGUUUUUUUAGUGUCUUUGAGGAAGUAAAAGCCAGUGAGUCAACACUGGCGAUAUGGUAUACACUAUCUGUUUUUUAAUCCUGAUCUUUAUAGUAUGGUCUGCCAGGAUGCCGUUAACGGUACUUCACAUGUUUACCAAAAGGUCUCCAGUCUUAACUGCUAUUGUAGGACUUUUUGACCAUUUCUACAUCUGAAAAGUCGAAGUUAUUCUGUUUGUUUCACUGUUAAUGAGAAAUCACUACAACUGUCUGAACGCAAUUACAUGUUUGUCUUUCUGUCACCUUAUCCAUCCACUAAAGUUGCUGUAAGGCUACUAUAAUAAUACACUCACAGUGCCAUGUCACUUAUAUUGUUGUAUUUAUAAGACGUGUGACGUCUUCUCUAUAUGAAACAAAAAUGUUUAGUAGUGUGUCAAAAUUAGUAUAAUUUAUGGUGUACUAUGGCCAGUUUCCAGUUCAGCACAGUAUUGUCCAUGUCCAAAAAAUUGUCAGAAACUGAUGUAUAACUGAUGUGCCAAUAAUUCGAUUAACUCCAAAAUACAACACUUGUUACUGUUUAGGCGCCAACACAUGUUUUUGUACGACAGAAAUAAAGUUGAUGUUUGGCGAAAACAAA